GGGAUGAGUCAGGCUAUAUGAUGCUGAUGAUGCUGCCAUUUCAUCAGCAAAUUUUACAAACAUUCUUUCGUGUAUUAUUAUGAGAUUGAAGAUUCGAUUUCGGAAAUGGAUUUUUAAACAACAAUAACAAGACUUAAUAUUAAUAUUAGGUGACGCUCUUGCUCAGUGAUUAUGGUUCUCGGUACGAUUGCACCGUUAUAAAGGAAACUAGUUGCAUAGGCUAUUAUUUGUAACAAAACCUGCUCGGAUGUGUGUGUGGGUGCUUUGCUUGGGGACGCAGCUUGUUUUUCAAACCGACACACAAUGAAGACCAUGGGUUUUGCCUUUGCAAGACAUUAAGGAGCUUGACUGAGAUCUCAUGAGAUAUGGAAGCUAUAUGGCUAUACCAGUUCCGAUUGAUCGUCAUUGGCGACUCGACAGUAGGCAAGUCUUGUCUGAUCAGACGUUUCACAGAGGGGCGUUUUGCACAGGUGUCUGACCCCACUGUCGGAGUGGAUUUCUUUUCCCGUCUGGUGGAGAUUGAGCCAGGCAAACGCAUCAAACUGCAGAUCUGGGACACGGCUGGACAAGAGAGGUUCAGAUCUAUCACCAGGGCUUACUACCGUAAUUCAGUGGGUGGCCUGCUGCUGUUUGACAUCACUAAUCGUCGCUCCUUCCAGAAUGUCCAUGAGUGGCUAGAGGAGGCGCGCAGCCACGUGCAGCCGCACAACAUUGUCUUCCUGCUGGUGGGCCACAAGUGUGACCUGGAGCCGCAGCGGCAGGUGAGCCAGCAGGAAGCAGAGAAGCUGGCAGCGGCCUACGGCAUGCGCUAUGUGGAGACGUCGGCGCGCGACGCUAUUAACGUCGAACGGGCUUUCACAGAGCUGACACGUGAUAUCUUUGAGCUUGUCAAACGGGGCGACAUCACCAUCCAAGAAGGCUGGGAGGGGGUGAAGAGUGGCUUCGUGCCCAACGUAGUGCACUCGUCUGAGGAAGUGACCAAGAGUGAUCGCCGCUGCCUCUGCUGAUUGGCCAUGCCCUGCAGCUGCAUCAUGCUUCUCCUCUGCAAACCCAGUCAUAUUGUGCUCCUUUAGCUUGGCCUCUUACACUGCCUUCUCGAUCGGUGAGCUCCUGAACACAGCUGUAUAUAGCAGAACCCAGAUCCAUUUUUAGGACACUUGUAGGUUCCUUCAACCUCACACCUGAGUAGUUCUGCACAAACACAGGCCUUGAUCUUGUUCAAAUAUCAGUUUAAAGAUAAUGAAAGCACCAUUUUUAUUGCAAAGCAAAGAGCUCUGGACUAAACUGGAUGGACCAUGCACAGAAAAGCAUAACCAGGAAGAGUGUUACAUUAAGAAUGCUUAAAUAAGUGAAUACAUUGGCUCCUU